CCCUUUCUACAGUAGGCUAUAUUCCAGCCAUGCAAAAGCUAGAGGUUUGUCUAUCCACACAUGCUUUUCUGGAUUGAAAGAUUUGUGCAAGAGUCAUUACAGUAUCACUUUCAAGGAUACAUUCCAGCCAGACAAAAGCACUCAAAGUGGGUACCAAACAGAGCCUGGGGAGAGUCCCAAGGGCUGGUUAGAGAAGCUAGGAGAAUCACCUAUGCCCCCCUUGGCUGGGGAUUCCUCGCCUCUUCUGCAGACACUUUUCUAAAAUAAAUUUUGACCUUUGGAUAUAAGAAGGCAUAUUCUGUUGGUAAUGGUACUACCUGGAAACUAUCAACAAUAGCUAGCAGAGGUGCAGUCCAUGGUGCCACAAUCAAGGCAGUGAGUCUGGAAAAAAUGGUGGUAUCUGUAGAAUGGACAGAAAAUAACACUGUCAAAGGGAAAGAGAUUGACCUUGAUGAUGUGGUAGCAAUAAAUCCAGAGCUGUUUACAUCUCCAGUUGUUGCUGCUGCGAAAGAAAGCCAUCUUGCCCAGGAGAAUGUAACCACACAGAGGCAAACCCGCAGAACAACACUCUCAAAAAUUCCUGCUCCGAAAGAAGUACUGCGAUCGCAAGCUAGCAAGAUGUCUGUCAUAGCAGAAACUCAGAACAGCCCUCUGGAAAACGAUAUGGAGGUGGAAUUGCCUGCUCCUGUACGAACACGAAGUCACUCUGCUCUUCCUGUUGUACGAACUCGAUCUAGGGUCAGCUAUUCUACUGAUCGAUGUAAUGUACAACCAAAUGGCAAUGAAAUGACAGAAGACACUCCACAGACUUUGAGAAUGGUCUCUGCUGCAAUUCAAGCUCGUAGGAAAUCUAACAUUGUAAAAGAGAUGGACAAAAUGAAAAAUAAGAGGGAAGAGAAAAGGGCCCAGUUCUCUGAAAUAAGAAAUAAGCGGGCACAGGAAUAUGACAGUAGUUGUCCAAACUGGGAUUUUGCACGGAUGGUCAAGGAAUAUAGAGCCAAUAUUGUUUGUCAGUCGAUAUCAAUGAAUGACCCCAUAGAAGAACAUAGAAUUUGUGUCUGUGUGAGGAAACGACCCUUAAAUAAACAAGAACUUGGGAAGAAAGAGUGUGAUAUAAUUACUGUUGCCAGCAAGAACAGCAUCCUAGUGCAUGAACCAAAGGUGAAGGUGGAUCUGACGAAAUACCUUGAAAACCAAGCUUUUCGAUUUGACUUCUCGUUUGAUGAAAAAGCUUCCAAUGAAAUGGUUUAUUGGUUCACUGCUAGACCACUUGUGCAGACCAUAUUUGAGGGAGGAAAAGCCACAUGUUUUGCCUAUGGUCAGACUGGAAGUGGAAAAACCCAUACUAUGGGAGGUGACUUCUCUGGGAAAGUUCAGAAGGCCUCUAAAGGAAUAUAUGCUUUUGCAUCACAGGAUGUCUUCCUUCUUCAGAACCAGCCAAGAUACAAGGCUCUAGGUCUGGAAGUGUACGUGACUUUCUUUGAAAUAUAUAAUGGAAAGCUAUUCGAUCUCUUAAACAAAAAAGCAAAGCUGCGAGUGCUGGAGGAUGGCAAACAGCAGGUUCAGGUCGUUGGCCUGCAAGAAAUGCAAGUGAACUGUGCUGAGGAUGUUAUCCGGAUGAUUGAGAUAGGCAGUGCCUGCAGGACAUCCGGGCAUACAUUUGCAAACGCCAGCUCCUCGCGUUCCCAUGCUUGUUUUCAAAUUAUUCUGCGCAGAAAACGAAAACUUCAUGGCAAGUUCUCCUUAGUGGACUUGGCUGGGAAUGAAAGAGGUGCUGAUACCUCCAGCAAUGAUCGGCAGACACGGUUGGAAGCAGCAGAAAUAAACAAGAGCUUGCUAGCACUGAAGGAAUGUAUCCGCGCUCUAGGCCAGAAUAAACAACACACACCUUUUCGGGAGAGCAAACUUACCCAAGUACUGAGGGAUUCCUUCAUUGGAGCAAAUUCCAGAACCUGUAUGAUUGCAAUGAUCUCCCCAGGCAUGAAUUCCUGUGAAUAUACCCUAAAUACCUUGCGGUAUGCUGAUAGAGUGAAGGAGCUCCCUCACAAUGGAACAGCUGGAGAAGCACAGAACUGCAUGGAAACUGAAAAUGAAGAGGUGGAUAUCAGUGAGGAAGAAUCGGCCCACCUUCAUGAGCUUUCUGAUGAUGAGCUGUCUCAUCUGUCCAGUUUCCGUGACGCUGUCACCCGGAUAAGUGAGCUUGAGGAGAAGGCAAUAGAGGAGCUUAAGGAUGUCAGGGAGAAAAUGAACGACUGCAACUGUCUCCUGGAUAUUGCGGAACAACCAGAAUAUGACCUGGAGGCAUUUGUGUAUCAAGCCCAGUGCUUCGUAAAUGAAGGAUCCAAAAAUUUCCUCUGCCUGAAAGACACUCUGGAAGAACUAACCCUUGCCAUGCAGAUGGAAGAACAAGCCAGCAAGCAUCUGAAUAAGCGGCCACUUCAGUAGUUACCCACUUGUUAAAUGAAUUUCUUCCCUCUCUAUUUGUCUGUCACUUCUUUGGUUUGCUGUUAACUGUAUUUAAAAUGCUAGCAGAAGGUUCAUCCUAUCUUGUUUGAGGGUUCCCUGUUUUGGGGAGAGGGUGCUAUCCUUUAUGCAGGCAAAGGAAAGUACUCUGCCAGAAUGUGAUGUUUCUGGGACCAUUGCUCCUCUUCACAACUGAAGGCUAAGAAGAAGAGUUGCUUUGGUGUCUCUUGGUAAGCUUGUACAUUUUUCUAGUGUAAAUAAAGUAUUUCACUAAAUACUUUUGAAAUGUUAACAUUGAAUGCAAUCCAGUGAAUCUUGAACUGGUUUUGCUGUUUGAGACUUUUUAAAAUAUAAAUAAUCAGUAAUUGAAGCAGUUUAUAAAUAAAUAUUUCUGAAUGCAUCAA